AAAUAGCAUAAGUAAAAAGAUAAAUAAAGUUGAUAAAUGGUAGAUAUAAAGGAAAAGAUAACGGAGAAAGUGAACAUGAAGGAGGCAACAAUGCUGAAAGCUCUGAGAAAAGAUUGAAUGGAGAAGAUGAAAAGUGAGAAACAGAUGGGAGCUUAAUGGGUAUGGGGCGGUAUAGAGUCAGGAAAGAAGGAGAAGGGGCGGGGGUGGUGGUACGUUUAAAGAGAAACCAGUCCUGCUUUUCACUGUGCCUUUAUUCUAGCGUUUGCGCAUUUCGUAGAAGUAAAGCGCGUCGGGCGGCGACGGUAGUUAACGGAUCCCGCGGCAGCAGUCGAUAUUCUUACGUGAACUGAUUAGCAGCCACCACACUAAAUUUGCUCAGACCUCACGUACAUAAUAAAGUAUCGUCGAGAAGAUAACUGAAAGUAGCUGGUAGGCAAAAAAGGAAAGAAAAGCACGACUGAUAUUAACACUACUCAAAGAAGAGUCUCGUCACAGCAGCCGCGCGUUUUUCAAUGAUCCACGUAGAGAGCUCGUGACAGCGUACCUCUGACAAUUGCCGUUGUCAUUGAAGAGGUUGCAAAAGUGGCGAUAAACCAGCAUCGAUCGAGCUGACUCGUCGCAUUCUCAGCCGGGUUCCUGCAAGAGGUUGAGCUACAGUAAAAGAGGACAGAGAAGGAAGAAAGAGAGACAAGGAGAGACGACGCGGUGAAAAAGAGAUAGACCGAUAGAGCGUGCGCAUACACCGUAGGGUGGGAGUUUGGAGGGUAAUUGCGAGCAAAAGACGGGAGCCAGUGGCGUACGACCGUCGGUGGAUGAUACCAAGUAACCAAGAUAGAAGAAGGUGAGAUAAAUACGGCUGAAUUGGUGGCGAAAUGGCGUGGGGUUACUGGAGCGCAACGUCAGUCAGUGAUCGGGGUCGGUCACCCCGUCGCGAGAAGGACAAACAACAAUACCAGAGCUUGCACCAGCAGCCGCAACAACAUCAUCACCAAACUGAAACAGGAGUAUCGCAGGGGAUGUACGGUGUUCAGCAAGUACAAGGUGAGCUCGUCAGCUCCUCCUCCGUCUCAACCGGGUCUGGCGUUGCCGCAGUGGAGGAACCACCCUGCAGUAUGAUGAUACAGGGUGGUUCCUUCUAUUCUUAUUCCGCGGCUACGGCGGCUGCUGCGGCUGCGGCCGCUGUUGGGCGUAGGAUACCUCCUGCCGUCGAAGGACCCUCCACUUCCUCAACGGGUAUUCAAGUGCUACCAAGGGAGCGACCCAUUAAGUCGAGUACCAGCACUUAUCCACCUUCGCCUAGCAGCGAUUCAGCCGAAUAUGAACAACCGAUUGCUGGACUUCGAAGUGAAUGCUCUCCUCGUAACAGUCCUCCUGACGAUAUAUUCGUGCAAGCUGGCUCCUCGUCCAGGAUAAAAUUACUUUGCGACAAAGGAAUCGACGACGCGUCCGAGGUUGACCUCGACGAGGUGGUGGCUACGGAAACGAUGUACGCGACUGCCAAUAGAGCUAUAGGGACUACGUGUCGUGUGCAUGGGCCAUGUAAUCCGCCACCGGAUUCUACUGAUUCCAUUACAUCCUUAUUCGACAGAUCUUCUCAGUUUUGGUUCAACGACAUCGCCUGGGUUUUUCCUAAUGUGCCGCCUGCCCCAGGAAUGCCCUGUAAAGGAGAAGACAGAAGCAUCUACAGACGCGGCGCACGUAGAUGGAGGAAGCUGUACCGAGUGAAUGGUCAUAUAUUUCAAGCAAAGCGUUUCAAUCGGCGAGCGUUUUGCGCAUUCUGCCAGGAUCGAAUUUGGGGACUAGGUCGGCAGGGAUUCAAGUGCAUUCAGUGCAAACUACUGGUUCACAAGAAAUGUCACAAACUGGUGCGCAAACCAUGCUUGAGUGUACAACAACUGCAACAACAACAAAUGCCAAGCACAGAAUCACAAACGAUCGACAGGAACGGCGAUCAACAACAGCUUGAUUCUGCACAAUGUAGUCCAGUAGCUCAUCUCGAGGAUGAGAUUUCAGAGUCGCCGAUCAUCGAGGAGCAUUCACGCAAUCGAACUGGAAGUGUAGAAAGUGAGGAAUUGCCAUUGGAUACGUUAAACGAUGCAGAUAAUUCUAAUGAUAUGCAAAGGCAAUACUCGCUAAACGAUUUCGAACUGAUUAGGGUAAUCGGUCGUGGUUCCUACGCGAAAGUUUUGAUGGUAGAAUUGAAGCGUACAAAAAGGAUUUACGCGAUGAAAGUGAUCAAGAAAGCUCUGGUGACGGACGACGAGGACAUCGAUUGGGUUCAAACGGAGAAGCACGUGUUCGAAACCGCUUCGAAUCAUCCUUUUCUCGUAGGACUUCACUCAUGCUUUCAAACACCUUCUCGUCUGUUCUUCGUUAUUGAAUUUGUACGCGGCGGUGAUCUUAUGUUCCAUAUGCAAAGGCAACGCCGUCUUCCAGAGGAACAUGCUCGAUUUUAUGCAGCAGAAAUUAGCCUCGCCUUAAAUUUUUUACAUGAGAAAGGUAUCAUAUACAGAGAUUUAAAAUUAGAUAACGUGUUACUUGAUCAUGAAGGACAUGUUAAACUGACUGAUUAUGGAAUGUGCAAAGAAGGUGUUCGAGAGGGUGAUACAACAGCCACAUUUUGUGGCACACCAAAUUAUAUUGCACCUGAAAUAUUGCGGGGUGAAGAUUACAGUUUCUCUGUAGAUUGGUGGGCACUUGGAGUACUUUUGUAUGAAAUGCUUGCAGGUCGCAGUCCGUUUGAUAUUGCGGGCGCGUUAGAAAAUCCAGACCAGAACACUGAAGAUUAUCUAUUUCAAGUUAUUUUACAGAAAACAAUUCGUAUACCAAGAUCGUUAUCAGUUAAAGCAGCUUGUGUACUUAAAGGCUUCCUUUGUAAAGAUCCUGCUGAAAGGUUGGGUUGCGGAAAAAGGCCAACAGCUUUUCUUGAUAUCGUUUCCCAUCCUUUCUUCAAAGCGAUAGAUUGGGAAAUGUUGGAGCAAAAACAAGUAACACCACCUUACAAGCCACGCUUAGAUUCUGAUCGUGACUUGGCCAAUUUCCCACCAGAAUUUACAGAUGAACCAGUACAUCUAACACCAGAUGAUCCGAGGGUAAUUAAUAAAAUCGAUCAAAGUGAAUUCGAGGGUUUUGAAUACGUGAACCCGUUACUCAUGUCUCUGGAAGACUGCGUGUGACAAGAACCGCUCGUUAUUGUGCAACGAUACAAUCAAAGUGAACAACAACAGUUGCAGCCGUGCUACAUGUACGAAUUGCAGGACAAGCUUGCGAAGCUUCGAAUCGAUCCCCUAUUGAACAUCAGCUCAAGAAAUCGAGGUUAUCACAACAAUGUUUUUUUAAUGACAUACUCCGAAGAGAAUGAGAACGACAAUAAUUAUAACGAGUAUCGGUUAUCACCACCUUUUCCAUUCCGAUACGAAAGUCCGAUAUGCUCCAGUUCUCUAAGUAUCACAGAUGUUACGUACGGCUCUAGCAAUAACAAUGAAAUCAUUAGUAACUAUGAUGAACAGAAUUACGAUGAUGAGGAAGAUGAGAGUCCUAAGAAAGGGCUCUUGAAGCAAAUGUUUUGCCUUCCAUUAAAUUAAGCUAAAUAAGGCUUGUUUAAUAUUACAACAUUGCCUCUAAUCAAUAGCUAAUACAAAUUUUGUAGAUUGCAAGAGAUUUGAAAUCUAUAACGAAGUUAAAGUUUACAGAAUCCUUGUAUUAAGUAUUGGAAAGAAAUAAGUAUUUAAUUUGCGCUAUAUAAUUAUAUACAAUCGUGUUGAUUCUUCUUUCACAUGGUGCUGCAACUUAAGCGUAUUAAUGGGUAUUAUUUUCAGCUAUUUUUAGAAAGAAAAUGAAUUCAAACGGAAAAUGUACCUGACUGCUUCGAUUAAUCACUUAGAUAAUAUGCCAUUCCGUUGUGCAGUCGUUCUAUUAAUAUUUAUGAGCAUUGUACGAUCUAUAUUGCUUGCAUGAACGUAUUCACUAAAAAAGUAAUAGCAACAAAAUAUUUCUAACAAACUAACACCUAUUUAAGAAAACUGCUGUAUAUUAUAGAUUAAUUACGUUUGAAAAGAAAAUAUAGCGAACAUUUUGUUCAUGAGUUAUAUGCUUGAAGGACGUGAAAGUUAAACAGUAAAUGAUUUUGGUAUAUGGCUUCUCUUAUAAAUAAAUUUGCAUUUAUCUUUAGCGAGAAGUGUUACAUUUGGUAGAA